GGGACGGGGCGCCGGCUCCACCUCCGGCCCCCACCCGCCCGGCACGCACCCGCCCCUCCCAAUUCCCAGAGCUGGGGCUGGGGCUCGCGGCGGCGGCGGCGGCGGCGGCGGCGGCGGAUCUAGGCUGGGCUGCUGGGCGCGGGGCCAGGGCGGGCCGGGAGAGGCUGCUCCGGCGGCGGAUCGCGCGGAGGGCGGUGGCCUGGGCCGGCCGAACCAUGGCGGCCCCGGAACCGGCGCCGAGGCUGGCCCGGGAGCGGGAGCGGGAGCGGGAGGACGAGAGCGAGGACGAGAGCGACAUCCUGGAGGAGAGCCCGUGUGGUCGCUGGCAAAAGCGGCGGGAGGAGGUAAACCAGGGGAACAUGCCAGGGCUUCAGAGCACCUUCCUAGCCAUGGACACGGAGGAGGGGGUAGAGGUGGUGUGGAAUGAGCUCCACUUCAGAGACAGGAAGGCCUUCGCGGCGCACGAGGAGAAGAUCCAGACUGUGUUUGAGCAGCUGGUGCUGGUGGACCACCCCAACAUCGUGAAGCUGCACAAGUAUUGGCUGGAUACCUCCGAGGCCUGCGCGAGGGUCAUCUUCAUCACAGAGUACGUGUCAUCAGGCAGCCUCAAGCAAUUCCUCAAAAAAACCAAGAAGAACCACAAGGCCAUGAACGCCCGGGCCUGGAAGCGCUGGUGCACGCAGAUCCUGUCCGCGCUCAGCUUCCUGCACGCCUGCAGCCCCCCGAUCAUUCACGGGAACCUGACCAGCGACACCAUCUUCAUUCAGCACAACGGUCUCAUCAAGAUCGGCUCCGUGUGGCACCGAAUCUUCUCCAAUGCGCUGCCGCAUGAUCUCCGAAGCCCCAUCCGUGCUGAGCCAGAGGAACUUCGGAACCUGCACUUCUUCCCCCCAGAGUACGGCGAGGUGGCCGAUGGGACCGCUGUGGACAUCUUCUCCUUUGGGAUGUGUGCGCUGGAGAUGGCUGUGCUGGAGAUCCAGGCCAACGGGGACACCCGGGUCACAGAGGAGGCCAUUGCUCGCGCCAGGCACUCACUGAGUGACCCCAACAUGCGGGAGUUCAUCCUUUGCUGCCUGGCCCGGGACCCUGCCCGCCGGCCCUCUGCCCAUAGCCUCCUCUUCCACCGCGUGCUCUUCGAGGUGCACUCGCUGAAGCUCCUAGCAGCCCACUGCUUUAUCCAGCACCAGUACCUCAUGCCUGAGAACGUAGUGGAGGAGAAGACCAAGGCCACGGACCUGCACGCGGUCUUGGCGGAGCUUCCCCGGCCCCGCAGGCCCCCGCUGCAGUGGCGGUACUCGGAAGUCUCCUUCAUGGAGCUGGACAAAUUCCUGGAGGAUGUCAGGAACGGGAUCUACCCACUGAUGAACUUUGCAGCCACUCGGCCCCUGGGGCUGCCCCGUGUGCUAGCCCCACCCCCGGAGGAGGUCCAAAAGGCCAAGACCCCGACGCCAGAGCCCUUUGACUCUGAGACCAGAAAGGUCAUCCAGAUGCAGUGCAACCUGGAGAGAAGCGAGGACAAGGCGCGCUGGCAUGUGAGCGGGGCCUGGGAGGGCAGCGCUGCUGUGGGGAAGGCGGGAGCGUGGCAGACCCCCAAACCUCCAGCCGACCACGCCCCGCCGCCUCCCCAGCUCACUUUGCUUCUGGUGCUGGAGGACCGGCUGCACCGGCAGCUGACCUACGACCUGCUCCCGAGUAGGCUGGGCAAGGGACCUGGGCGGCGGGCGGUGACCCCGGGCAGCGGGUGGCUCAGCGGCCUCAUGCCUCGCCUUACACCGUUGCCGCAGCGGACAGCCCUCAGGACCUCGCCUCGGAGCUUGUGCACUACGGCUUCCUCCAUGAGGUGCGCUGGGCGGUGCAGCGUGGCCUGGCGGAGGGGGCAAGUGGGGCAGGCCGUGCCCCUCCGUCCCCCAUGCCUCCCUCCUUCCGCAGGACGACCGGAUGAAGCUGGCCGCCUUCCUGGAGAGCACCUUCCUGAAGUACCGAGGGGCCCAGGCCUGACCCAGUACCCCAGCCCCUGGACCACGCCAGGGUGCUGCCCAGGAGGCCAUGUAGGGGAGACCCCAGCACCGCGGGGCUGCUCUCCUCCGUGUGCCUGGGAGCACAAAGGCCCUGGUAGUGAAGAAACCCCCGCCUCCUGAGAGUGGGGCUGACCCUGCCUCGGGCGCUGCGGGGUUGGGGGGGUGCGUGUGGGGGAGCCGUUAGGCCUCCCAGGUCCUG